UGGGCUGCUUCCUGCGGAAGUGGCUCGGAGGCCGUUGUGCCGGCGUCGUGUCCCUAGCUCCGCGGGGCGGCUUUGUGGGGGUCUGUGCCAACAUGGCUGACCAGGACCCCCGCUACCCCUGCUCCUCGAUCGAGGACGACUUCAACUAUGGCAGCUGCGUGGCCUCCGCCAGCGUGCACAUCCGAAUGGCCUUUCUAAGAAAAGUCUACAGCAUCCUUUCUCUGCAAGUUCUCUUAACUACGGUGACAUCUGCAUUUUUUUUAUACUUUGAUUCCAUACGGACAUUUGUACAUGAAAGUCCUGCCUUAAUUUUGGUGUUUGCCCUUGGAUCUUUGGGUUUGAUUUUCGCCCUGACUUUAAACAGACAUAAGCAUCCCCUUAACCUGUACCUGCUUUUUGGAUUUACACUGUUGGAAGCUCUGACUGUGGCCUUUGUUGUUACUUUCUAUGAUGUGAAUAUUGUUCUGCAAGCUUUUAUACUGACAACUGCAGUAUUUCUUGGUUUGACUGUAUAUACUCUACAAUCUAAGAGAGACUUCAGCAAGUUUGGAGGAGGACUAUUUGCUGUUUUGUGGAUUUUGUGCUUAUCAGGAAUCUUGAGGUUAUUUUUUUACAGUGAGACGGUGGAGUUGCUCUUGGCUGGUGUAGGAGCCCUUCUUUUCUGCGGAUUCAUCAUCUAUGACACCCACUCACUGAUGCACAGGCUGUCACCCGAAGAGUACGUAUUAGCUGCCAUCAGCCUCUACUUGGAUAUCAUCAAUCUGUUCCUGCAUCUGUUGCGGAUUUUGGAAGCAGUUAAUAAAAAGUGAUUGAAAGCAGUAUGUAGAAAUGGAUUCACUAAUAAAGUUUGAGAUAUAAUUAA